AAAUUAAAAGUGUUAAGUAAUAUUAUUAAUGGCCUUAAAGAAAUUCAUCAAAAACAGAUGGUUCAUCGUGAUUUUCAUAUAGGAAAUAUAUUAUUUAAAGAAAUACAUUUAUUCACUUCAAAUUAUAUUUCAGAUAUGGGAUUGUGUGGAGAAAUUGGUAAUAUAGACGAAACAAAUAUUUAUGGAGUUAUGCCUUAUUUAGCUCCCGAAAUAUUAAGAGGAAAACCUUAUACUCAAGCAGCAGAUAUAUAUAGUUUUGGUAUGAUCAUGUAUUUUACAGCGAUUGAAAGACAACCUUUCUCCGAUUUUGUACAUGAUUCUCUUUUAGUAUUAGAUAUAUGUAAAGGAAUUAGACCUGAAAUAAAUGAGAAAGAAGCACCUGGAUUUUAUAUUGAUUUGAUGAAAAAGUGUUGGGAUUCAAAUCCGGUCAAUAGACCGAAUGUUGCUGAAAUAGAAGAAACUAUU